AAGCCAUACGUGGAAAUGUGUGUGUGAGAAGGUGCAUCGCGAAGCGGGGUUUAGUUACAAUCGAUCUUGGGGGGAAAAUAUUGCCUAUGGUCCAAAAAUAAGGAGCGGCUAUGUCCUUCUCCCAGUUCGGAUACCCCUACAGCACCACCGCGCAGUUCCUGGUGCCGGGCAGCCCCAGCACGACCUGCUGCGAGGCCGCCCCCCGCCCCGGGCCGGAUGCGGCCUCGGCCCCGGCCUCCGCCGCCGCCGCCUCCCUGUGCUGCGCCCCGUACGAGGGCCGGCUGCUGGGCAUGUACGGCGCCCCGUACCCCGGCGGCCAGGGCUACGGCAACUACCUGCCCUACAGCGCCGAGCCCGCGGCCAUCUACACCGCGCUGAACCCCCAGUACGAGCUGAAGGACGGCACCAGCGGCCCCCUGCCCUCGGGGAUGGCACAGCCCGCCGCCUACUACCCCUACGAGCCGGCCCUGGGGCAGUACCCGUACGACAGGUACGGGACGGGGGACUUGGGCGGCUCGGCCAGGCGCAAGAACGCCACCCGGGAGACCACCAGCACCCUGAAGACGUGGCUGUACGAGCACCGCAAGAACCCCUACCCCACCAAGGGCGAGAAGAUCAUGCUGGCCAUCAUCACCAAGAUGACCCUCACCCAGGUCUCCACCUGGUUCGCCAACGCGCGGCGGAGGCUCAAGAAGGAAAACAAGAUGACCUGGGCCCCCAAACCCCGGGGGGGGGGACGAGAGGAAGGGGAGCCCGGCGGGGGGCGCGGGCGCAGAGCGGCGGAGCUGCAGGCUCAGCGACCUGGAGGAGGACGACGAGGAGGAGGAGGAGGAUGAAGACGAGGAGCAGGAGACGCGCAAGGCGGACAAGAGCCGGCCCGGCUCCUUGCUGGAAGCCCCCAGCCUGGCCCCGCGGAGCGACUGCAGCCUGCCCGGCCCCUUCCGAGCCCUCCCCUGCCCCAGGGGCCCGGCUGCGGACACCCCCCUGGCCACCCCCCCGCCACCCCCGCCCCCGCCGCCCCCCUACGCGCCCGCGGAGAAGCCCCGCAUCUGGUCGCUGGCGCGCACGGCUGUACGCAGGGGCAGCCCCGAGGGUGGCGGCGGGGCGCCGGAGCUGCCCCCGACCCCAAAAGCGCUGCGGGGCUCCCCCGUGGGGCUGCAGCACCUCCCCGCGGCUCUCCGCCGCGCCGGGGAACCGGGGGGCCCGGGGGGACCCCAAAGUACCCGCAGCGGCGGAGCCGGGGGGCCCGGGGGAGGCGGCGCGGCCUGAGCCCGUGCCCGGGAGCCUGGUGAAGGGGCCGGGCCGAGCCGGGCCGAGCCGGGCCGCGCCCCCCCCCCCGUUCCCCCGAGCUGCUUGUGUCUGUGCAGGCUGCGUGCGGGGAAGGCGCCGGGAGCGGCUGCGGACGGCUUUCAGGCCGGUGCUCAAGAGGUGAGGGCCGCCUGCCCCUUCCCGAGCGCCGCCGGCGGGGUCCCGGCUGCAGGCGGCAUGGAGGAGUGGAACGGCCUUGGCCCUGUCUGACCCGGCUCGGCCCGGCUCGGCCCUGCUUGGCCCUGCCUGGCCCGGCUCGGCUCGGCCCUUCCCCGCCCCAAGGGGGGCUAGCGGGCACCGUGCGCGCCCGGCCGGGGCGGCGGUGCCAAGCCGGGGCUGCGCUCCUCUCCUUCCCCAUGUCGUGCUGUCGUCGUUGUGCUUUCGGUUUAUUUUUUUUCUCCCCCUCCCACACCUCCUACUUUCAUUUAACCCCCCCGUUUCCCCGUCCCGGCCCCCCCAGCCCCGGCGAGGAGCAGCGCUGCACUUUACAGGACAGGCGAGAAAGGGAAAGCGGAUCUCUGCUUCAUCGCUGUUUAAUUAAAAGUGUCGUCAAACACUUUGUGUUCAGACUAAUAAACCACGCAGGGAUGAGGAAAGAAUGUUUCUUUGUUCCCGUGUCUAGAAGCAGUGGCAAUAAUUUAAAUUAAUAACUGUGGUAAUUAAGAGGUCAUCUAUAGAUCAACCCGAUACCUGCUAUUUCCAAGUUCACCAGGGUCAACAUUUACAUUAAGUCAUUUGUGGUCAAUAGAGUCCGAUGAAUUCUGCCUUAAUAAAUCAGGGAAAUCAA